GGCAAGUGACAUGAACGCGUUUUGUUUCCUUUCGCGUAAAGCCUUUAGCCCUAAUUACGUCAAUUCCUGUCGGUUGCAGUCAACGAGGUCUAAGUCUGUCGAUAAUUGUGUUUAUUAACGUUUUAGCUCGCUAAUGUUUUGUAGGACCUUUAAAGACGUUAAACGAGCAAAGCUAAAGUUAACCGCGGAGCUAACAGGCUACAGUAAACUAGCGUGAGCACCUGAAGUUUGUUUACUUAUUAAAAAGAAAGGAUGGUAUUCCUGAGAGCAGACAUGUGCCCUGGACUGGAUUCGGAUUUAGUUCGGGACCUAAGAGCUGCUGAUGUGAAAACAGUGGAGGAUCUGGUGUCGUCAAACCUCGAAGACCUCGCCCACAGAUGUUCCGUAUCUUAUAAGCAGAUCUCAUUUAAAGGCAAUAAAGACUUGAAAGAUUUUCAUCCAUCAGGGAAGGCUCUUUAUGCCAUCCGUCGAGUGCUGCUGGCCCAGCACUCAGCUUUUCCAGUGUCAGGCGCUGAUCUCUACGAGGAACUUUUGAGCUCCACAGCUAUCAUCUCCACAGGAAAUCCCAGCCUGGAUAAACUGCUGGAUUCAGGCUUGUAUACCGGAGAGAUCACGGAGCUGUCAGGAGGACCAGGAAGUGGGAAAUCUCAGGUGUGUUUCGGCGUGGCCGUGCACGUUUCCCUUCAGCUGAAGCAGAAUGUGAUCUACGUGGAUACGACAGGAGGACUGAGCGCCAGCCGCCUGCUUCAGAUGCUCCGAGCCCAGACCUGCAACGUGGAGGAGCAGAUGGAAGCUCUUCAGAGGAUCCGCGUCUGCCGUUUGUUUGACAUCUUUGCUUUACUCCACUGCCUGCACACACUUUGCAGUGACAGCAGCAGCAGCAGCAGUGUUGAGGGUGGUGCUGUUGCUGCUGCUGUUGCUGCUGGUGGUGGUGGUGUUGAGGGCGUCAGCCUUCAGCAGGCGUCAGUCAGUGGUGGGUCUGUGAAGGCAGUGAUCGUGGACUCGGUGUCGGCCGUUAUCUCUCCUCUGCUGGGGGGAAAUCACACUGAAGCGAUGUCCCUGAUGAUCCAGGUGGCAGGAAUUCUGAGGACAAUGGCCAAGGACUUUAAUGUUGCUGUGUUGGUAACAAACCAUGUGACCAGAAACACCAGCAGCAGCCGAAGUUGUGGUACUGAUGUCCAGCCGGGCCUCGGGGUCUCCUGGAGUCACAUCCCCAGAACCAGAGUCCUGCUGGAGCGUGUGGAGGAGGCCGGUACAGGAAUCCAACCCAGUGUCCGCUCUGCAACGCUCAUUAAGUCCUCCAGACAGCCUUGUUUCCUCAGAGAAGAGUUUGACUUAAGAUUCUGGAGUCAAACAAAAACAUCCACGUCUGGAAAAAGAAAACGAGAAGAGUCUGAUUCCUGAGGAAGAAGAAAAACAACUCUUCAGUGGUUUAAAGUUAUUGCGCUGUCCAAGGUGCUGUUGUCACUUCCUGGGGGAGGGACCACUCGUCUCUUGCGGAUACAUUCCCAGAUCCAGUUGGGCGUCACCUUGCGGGCCUGGCUGUCCUCCUCGGGUUCGGCCAUGGUGUGUGUGGCCGUGGCGGCUUCAUAAUCUGGCACCAGGUCGCCGUCGUACGCGAUGAAGUAUCGUCGCAGUUUGUCAAAGUCCUGCGUGGACUUAGGCAGGUAGAGCUUGAUGCCACUGAAGAUGUCGAUCAGAGUCUACAGUUGGACAAAAAGGUAAUGUCACUGUGGAGACACUAGGGACGACAGGACAUUAACUGAAACAUGAAAUAAGUGAAGAUUAAAUUAAAUCACUGCUUUUUUGCACAUCAUUGGCAUUUACUGCACAGAGACCCGAAAGAGCAAAAGUCAUGAGGGUGAAAACUAAACUGCAGCGUAAAAGUCACUCAUUUUAAAUGCAAUUAUAGCAAUUAUAGAUCCAGUUUUUGGUAUUUUCUACAACACUGAAAUCAUGAUGCCUUCUUGUAUGACAUAAGUAAGGAAUGAAAUACUGUCAUAUCCUUGUCAAUGAAGAUGCAGGUCUUGAUCAAGGUUGAAGAGUUUCAUUUAGGCAACUGGAUGUGAAGGUUUCUCAAGAACACGUUUGGUCUCUCAUCCAAGAGUCAUCUUCAGCUUCUUCACUUCUGAACUGAAGAAGCUGAAGAAGCCUCUUGGAUGAGAGGCCAAAUGUCUUCUUGAGAACCCUUCACAUCCAGUUGCCUAAAUGGAACCCUUCAACCUUGUCAAAUACUUGCUUACAGCGCCACCUACCCAUACAUUACUCCACAAAAUGAGUGUUUUCAGCAUUGUCUUCUACAGAUGUACUUGUGGAAUGUCAAACUUUUCUGAAAAUGUUAAGGAUCAUGUGUGAAAGAGCUGUAAACACUUUUAUGUGUAUAAAUGUAUUUAUAAUAACAAUAAAACAUUUUUUGACAGCA